GUUGGGGGCUGAUGCAAUGGCAGUGACAGGGGAGCGCUGAGGAGAGCUGAGGCGAGCUGGGUCGGGCCGGGCAGGGCCUCGGCGAGCGGGCCAGCCCUCAGGAGUCCUAGACUUUGGAGGCAACGUGGAAAGUCUAGACAAAGUAAGACUUCCCCUUGGUUGAGGAGGAUCAAGUUAGAGAUCAAUUAAGUAAACUGGAUAUCCACAAGUCCAUGGGUCCUGAUGGGAUGCACCCACGAGUGCUGAGGGAGCUGGCAGAAGUCAUUGCUGGGCCACUCUUCAUCAUCUUUGAAAGGUCCUGGAGAACAGUUCUCCGUGUUGCUGCUGUUUUGAAUCUACAAGACGAAGAAUUGGAAGACAUUAAAUUUAGUUGAAUUGUAAAUAAACAGAUCAUUUGCAGUCUGACAAAAUGGCUGAUAGUCCGAACUGUGAUUUGAAAUCUCUGAGUCCACUUCAGCUGUUUGAAAGAGUAACUGAACAGGGAGAGAAAGUCAGAGCGCUGAAAGCAGGAAAAGCACCAAAGGAUGAAAUUGAUGCAGCAGUGAGGAUGCUAUUAUCAUUAAAACUGUCAUAUAAAACAGCAACAGGGCAAGAUUAUCAGGCGGGCUUGCCCCCAAGAGACCUCGCAUUAAUAAACAACGGUACAACUAAAGAAGAGGAUGAGGAUUUUGUGGAUCCCUGGACUGUGCAGACAUCAAAUGCUAAAGGCGUGGAUUACGACAAACUCAUAGUUCGGUUUGGCAGCAGUAAAAUUGACACUGAUCUGAUCAAUCGAAUAGAAAGAGCUACUGGGCAAAAACCUCACCGCUUUCUACGUAGAGGAAUCUUUUUUUCUCACAGAGAUAUGGACCAAAUCCUUGAUGCUUAUGAAAAUAAGAAGUCCUUUUACCUUUAUACAGGCAGAGGGCCGUCCUCUCAGGCAAUGCAUGUGGGUCAUCUUAUCCCAUUCAUAUUCACAAAGUGGCUGCAAGAAGUAUUUGAUGUUCCCUUAGUUAUACAGUUGACUGAUGAUGAGAAAUACCUUUGGAAGGACCUGACAACUGAGAAGGCAUACGAGUAUGCUAAAGAAAAUGCAAAAGACAUCAUUGCAUGUGGUUUUGAUGUCAAUAAAACCUUUAUAUUUUCUGAUUUAGACUAUUUGGGGACAAGUACUGGAUUCUACAAAAACAUCGUCAAAGUUCAGAAGCAUGUUACAUUUAACCAAGUGAAAGGAAUCUUUGGCUUUACAGACAGUGAUUGCAUUGGAAAGAUCAGCUUUCCUGCUAUUCAAGCUGCUCCAUCCUUCAGUUCAUCAUUUCCACAGAUCUUCAAUGGCAAGGAGAACAUUCAGUGUCUUAUCCCGUGUGCUAUCGAUCAGGAUCCUUAUUUUAGAAUGACCCGAGAUGUAGCACCUAGAAUUGGACAACCUAAACCAGCCUUACUGCACUCAGUCUUCUUCCCAGCCCUGCAAGGAGCGCAGACAAAAAUGAGUGCUAGUGACCCGAACUCCUCCAUCUUCCUCACUGAUACACCCAAACAAAUCAAGACAAAGAUUAACAAGCAUGCCUUCUCGGGAGGCAGAGAUACUAUUGAAGAGCACAGGAAGUACGGAGGUAACUGUGAUGUUGACGUGUCUUUUAUGUACCUGACUUUCUUCCUGGAAGAUGAUGACAGGCUUGAACAGCUGAAGCAGGCGUACACGAGCGGGGAAUUGCUCACGGGGGAGCUGAAGAAGGUUCUUAUUGAAACAUUGCAGCCCUUGAUAGCAGCUCAUCAAGAGAGACGGAAGCAGGUUACAGAUGAGAUGGUGAAGCAGUUCAUGACUCCACGGAAGCUAGCUUUUGAAUUUUGAAGAAAUGCGUACGUAACUUACCACUUGAUAAACCAAAACUGAGUAAUUGUUGUCUCCUGUUGUAUGUCAUCACUCCCUAAUUAUGUACAGCCUGCAAUCGGUGCUUUAUAAAUACUGCUUUUAAUGAGUUAAUUACAAUGAACGUCAAAGUACAGGAAAAGUUUAAAAUAGGACUUACAUCUAUUUAAAAUCAGGAUAUACAAGACAGAAUUGCCCAGUCUUGCAGAAAAGCAUGUCUGUCAGCGCAACACUGUAUUUUAUUGUAUUUCAUGUUGAAAAUAUUAAUAAAACUUCCAUUUUGAUGAUAAAGCCUAA